CCCCAAAGCACUGCAACCAUUCCGGAAUCCAUCAAGAUCUCUAAUCAAACACAACAUCAUGAUUUGUAAAUAGAAAAACAUAAAAACAUAAAAAACCAGAAACCCCAAAAAGAGCCCUAAAAGAAACACCCCUGAUUGUGCCACUAUUGCAUAUCUUGACUUUAGCAUGUACGAAAACUACCAAUUUCAAAACACUUAUCAAAUGUUUCCCUCAACUCCUGGUUUCCUAUCUUUCUUGUUCUUCUUCUUCUUCCUCCAUCACUUUGAUCUCUCUUCAAACAUCUAAGGGGAGAGUAAUGGGCGUUGUUACAAUUGCAGAACCAAAGUCAAUCUCUUAUGGAAAGCGCCCAUUCCGGCCCAAUUCAAGCUUCAGGCAUGGGGCUACUGAUUGGUCAUUAUCAGAUGUUUCUAGUGAUCUUACUGUCGAAGUAGGAAGUACCACUUUCACGCUUCAUAAGUUUCCUCUGGUUUCAAGAAGUGGGAGAAUAAGGAAACUACUUGCAGAUGCAAAGGAAUCAAAGAUUACAAGGAUGAAUCUGUCUGGUAUCCCAGGCGGGGCAGAGGCGUUUGAGCUGGCAGCGAAGUUCUGCUACGGAGUGAACGUUGAAGUCACUCUGUCAAACGUGGCAAUGCUGAAUUGCAUAGCCGUCUUCCUGGAAAUGACAGAAGAAAUCUCAGAAAGGAAUCUCGAAAUGAGGACCGAAAUGUUUCUCAAGGAAAUCGUCUUACCAAAAAUUUCAAACUCAAUUGCUGUUCUCCACUGCUGUGAAGAGCUCCAGCCGCUUACGGACAAAAACGACAUCAUCACAAGGUUAAUCAACUCCAUAGCCAAUAACGCUUGCAAAGAACAACUCACAUCCGGUUUACUAAAGCUAGAUCACACCUUCCCUCCCAAUCCAAACGAAAGCAUUGACGAAGAAACGCUCUCAGAUUGCUGGGGGAAUUCGCUAAUUGUAUUGAACCUAGAUUUUUUCCAGAGGGUCAUAUCCGCAGUCAAAGGGAAGGGUCUCAAGCAGGAAAUCAUCAGCAGAAUCUUGAUAAACUACGCCCAAAACUCUCUUCAUGGAAUAAUCCCUAAAGAUCCUCAUUCAGUUAAAGGAGGUUUAUGCGAUUUGGAAUUCGACAAAAAACAAAGGCUCACAGUCGAAACCCUAACCAGAUUGUUACCAAUUCAGUCAAGGAAAGGGACAGUCCCAAUCGCAUUCCUUUCAACCCUGCUUAAAUCUGCAAUAGCGGUUUCGGCUUCUUCUUCUUGCCGGUCCGAUCUGGAGAGACGCGUGAGUCUGCAACUAGAUCAGGCCAUACUUGAGGACAUUCUCAUACCCUGUUCACAUCCAGACGGAAACGACCCUCUCUAUGACGCGGAUUGCGUGAUGAGGAUUUUCUCAUUAGUUCUGCAUCUGGGGGAUGAAGAUGGAGAUGAAGACGAAGAGGGUAACGAUCUGGUGGGGGAAGAAGCGGGAACUGUUUAUGAUUUUAACAGCCCGGGAUCUCCCAAACAUAGCACAAUCAUUAAGGUGUCGAAACUACUGGACAGUUAUCUGGCAGAAGUUGCUCUUGAUCCGAACAUGACGCCAUCAAAGUUCAUAGCUUUAGCUGAGUUGCUUCCGGACCAUGCUCGUUUGUCCUGCGAUGGACUAUACAGAGCUGUUGAUAUUUACCUCAAGGUUCAUCCACACUUGAAGGACACAGAAAAGUAUAGACUCUGGAAGACGAUCGACUGCCAGAAGAUGUCACAAGAAGCAUGCAGCCAUGCGGCUCAAAAUGAAAGGUUACCGGUCCAAAUGGCGGUCCAAGUCUUAUACUUUGAACAGAUCAGACUUCGGAAUGCCAUGAACAGCAGCAGCGGUUACAACAGCAGCCAUGCCGCAUUCAACGGCUCAUGGAACUUCCCUCCCCACCGCAAUGGCAGUGCGGCGGGGAGCACGUGCAUCUCACCGAGAGACAACUACGCGUCGGUGAGAAGGGAGAAUAGAGAGUUGAAACUCGAAGUGGCGAGGAUGAGGAUGAGGCUGACGGAUUUAGAGAAGGACCACAUCUCGAUGAAGGCGGAUAUGGUGAGACCGCACCGGGCAAACAAGUUUCUCAAAUCAUUAACCAAGAAACUAUGCAAAAUCAACGGGUUGUUCCGGGUGAUGGACCCCAGAAAUUUCGGGGGGAAGGCUAAUUCCGAAAGCCGGUCUCAAUUUCAGAAGAGAAGGCGCCACUCUGUCUCUUAGCUUAAUCAUGAUAUGAUAUGCUCUCUCUGUUUAAAAUGUGUGGAUAAUAAACCCCAAAAAAGAUGAGUAAAAUGUAUAUACAGUUUAGUUUGGAUUUGGUGGAACCUUGAAAGCAGUUCACUCUAUUUUGUACUACUAUUCUACACAUAUAUAUAGCGUCCACAACUGUCAGGUCGGUGUUGGGGCCCCUCAGGGAUGAUGUGUCAUCCUUUUUCCAGAACUUGAGCUAUAUUACAUGCAAUGGUGUACAUUUUUUAUCACCCAUUGUUAAAGAAGUUGUGUAUAUUGUUUCAUGGC